AUGAGAAGGCUGAUAAAAGAUUGCAGUCCUCAGCCUGCACUCUCCGUGGCAGAGUGGGUGACUGAAGGUGAAGCCAGGCCCUCACUACAGCACGCAGAGCUGGAUAUCAGUCAUGCCUCUAGAGGUCGUUUGGACAAAUUCGAUCUCUGCAGUUUGUUGAAUAGCAGUCUUAGGAAGCUUAGGGACAGGGAUACAGGUGUGCAGGUGGAUACAGGUGUGCAGGUGGCCAUCCCCCAGCAGUUGACCCCCUGCGUACCUCAAGCACCAGGAAGCGUUCAUAUCCUGCCACCAGGUGAAGAGGAAAGGGAGGCAAUUAGUCGUUACUUGCCCAGACGGGAUCCAGUUUUGAAACCUCUCAUCUAUGAGAUGGUCCUGCAUGAGUUUUUGGAGAGUGACUAUGAGGGGUUUGCAACCCUGAUAAAAGAGUGGCCUGGAGACCUCUACAACAACACAAUCAUAGUUCAAGCUGUAGUAGAUCACCUGAAGAAAGAUCCACAAAACAGGACGUUGUUAAGAACCCUUGCAGAACUGUAUACGUAUGACCAGCGCUAUGGCAGAGCCCUAGAAAUUUACCUAACUCUCAGACACAAAGACGUCUUCCAGUUGAUCCACAAGCACAAUCUGUUCAGUUCCAUCAAAGAUAAAAUUGUUCUGCUCAUGGAUUUUGAUUCAGAGAAAGCAGUGGACAUGCUUUUGGAUAACGAAGAUAAAAUUUCCAUUGACAGAGUUGUUGAAGAGCUAGAAAACAGACCUGAACUACAGCAUGUGUAUUUGCACAAGCUUUUCAAAAGAGACCACCAUAAAGGACAACGAUAUCAUGAAAAACAGAUCAGUCUUUAUGCUGAAUAUGAUCGUCCAAAUCUACUGCCAUUUCUCAGAGACAGCACACACUGCCCACUAGAGAAGGCUCUAGAGAUCUGCCAACAGAGAAACUUUGUAGAAGAGACAGUUUAUCUUCUGAGCAGAAUGGGGAACAGCCGCAGUGCUUUGAAGAUGAUAAUGGAAGAACUGCAAGAUGUAGAUAAAGCUAUUGAAUUUGCCAAGGAACAAGAUGAUGGAGAACUUUGGGAAGACCUCAUUUUGUAUUCUAUUGACAAACCACCUUUUAUUACUGGUUUGUUGAACAAUAUUGGAACUCAUGUUGACCCCAUUCUUUUGAUUCAUCGUAUUAAGGAAGGCAUGGAGAUUCCUAAUCUGAGAGACUCGCUAGUGAAAAUUCUUCAGGACUACAACUUGCAGAUCUUGCUGCGGGAAGGUUGCAAGAAGAUUCUUGUUGCUGAUUCUCUUUCUUUGCUGAAGAAAAUGCACCGAACUCAGAUGAAGGGCGUUCUGGUAGAUGAGGAAAAUAUCUGUGAAUCAUGCCUGUCUCCAAUACUUCCUGCAGAUGCAUCCAAGUCCUUCAACGUGGUGGUGUUCCACUGCAGACACAUGUUUCACAAAGAAUGUCUCCCAGUAUCUAACACAGUAUCUUCUGUCCAGUUCUGCAACAUAUGCAGUGCCAAACACAGAGGACCAGGAAGUGCAAUCCUGGAGAUGAAGAAAUAGCAGCCCCCUAGCUCUCCAUACCCGUCUGUGACACCAAGUCUGUUAGGAGCCACUGUAGUUUCUGUUAGUCAUCAUUUCUGUAAAUAAUUCUGAAUGUGAUUUAAAACUGAUUUCUAUAAGUUAUCCUGCUUAGUGGAUUUCCCUUCUGGAAAGGGAAAACGUGAAAACCUUUGCUUAGUAGCGCUUUGUUACACAAUUCAUAUUUCGCUGUUCCUGUGCUCAGCUUAUUCUUUACUUAACUGUGGAACUGAGAAGGAAAAUAAAAAGACAGGAAACAA